GUACAACUCAACCAUUGUAAAAAGCCUGAAAUUGGUUUCGAAGUAAGCGUCCUUUGAAUAUUUGAUUGAAAUAAAAAGAUUAAGAUAGACAAAUAGUCUUUGUAGAAAAAUUUAACAUCAUUUUAAUUUCUCUAAACAUGACUGAUGCAUAUCCAGGACUUAUUUUUUUGUUGGAUCGUGAGAUAAAACAGGAACCGCCGGAUUAUGAUGAAAACAUGAUAUAUGAAAUAAGUUUUCAGGAUGAUGCUAAAGCAAAUGAACAUGAUGCUGAAAAGAUUGUAAUCAAAGAAGAAGAAAAUUCUCUCGAUGGUGCUGAAGCAAAUGAACAUGAUCCCGGAAAGAUUGUAAUCAAAGAAGAAGAAAAUUCUUACGAUGGUACUGAAGCAAAUGAACAUGAUCCCGGAAAGAUUGUAAUCAAAGAAGAAGAAAAUUCUCAGGAUGGUGCUAAAGCAAAUGAAUAUGAAGUUAAAAAGCCUAAGGAAGAACCGAAGUUUGAUUCUCAUGGUGUACAUAUAGAAACGCAGCUUGAUUUAUGUGAUUGCAUGAAUAAUACUUGCGAGGGAUGUUUCCUUCCAUGUGAAUAUUGCUUUUCAAAUAAAUGUGGGCAUGAAUGCCGCAAUGAUCGUGCUUGGAUCUAUGAAAGCAUGGAUAUUGAGGGCACGCAAUAUACCCUCAAAAGUCAUUUCGCGAAAAGAAAUUAAAUCAGUCUUUUACACGACGCCUUUCGCCCCCUUAUUUUUCAUCCUUUUCUAUUCAGCCAUAUGUUUCAAAAUGCACUUCUGUAUCUAACCAUUUUACAUGAAUAAAAUAAUUUUCUUUGUCGUUUUAA